AUCGUUUUUCAAUCUCCACCCCUUCCAUCACGUUCUCUAGAGGAAACCCUCCAAAAAGAAAAAGGUCGAAAAAUGGCGAAAGUAUUGUUGUUCAUCGCUCUGUGCGUGGUUCCAUCUCUGGUUAGUGCUGCACGGAUGGUGAUGAAUCCAUUGAUGGUUCAAGGUCAAAUUUACUGCGACCAUUGCCGUGCUGGCUUUGAAACACCCAAGACUACAAACAUGCCUGGUGCCAAGGUUAAGGUGGUAUGUUCCGACAGGAAGACUGGUGAAGUUGUGUACGAGAAGGAAGGAUAUACGGACUCAACCGGACAAUACAAGAUCAGUGUCUCCGAGGAUCAUUUAGAUGAGGUAUGUGAUGCUCUUCUUGUGAAGAGCUCGCAGCCCGAGUGUGCUCAAAUGACGCCAGGACGUGAACGUGCUCGUGUGAUCUUGACCAAUUUCAAUGGCAUUGCAUCGAACACCCGUUUCGCCAACUCUAUGGGAUUCAUGGCCGACGAGCCCGAAGCUGGUUGUGCUGAAGUUAUGAAGUUGUACCAGCUGGAGGAAGAUAACUAGAAGUUGUGAUUAUGUGUAGCUUACUGCUCGACAUAUGAACGUGUUGUCCGCUAUCCGUUAUUAAAAGUGUUUCUUUGUUUCCCCUGUUUUGAGGAAACUCGUUUUCUUUGAACUCUAAUAUAAAUAUUCUAUUUGUUUUGUCUUUUUUA